GUGACCGAGGCACUGCCGGUCCGCCCCCCCCGACGGAGGGAGGAGAGGAUUAUGGCCCAGGCUCAAGGACUGGGGAAGAGAUACAUUAAAGCCUUUUUCAAAGGUUUCUUUGUUGCUGUUCCCAUAACGGUGACUUUCCUGGAUAGAGUUGCCUGCGUAGCAAGGGUGGAAGGAGCAUCAAUGCAGCCUUCUUUGAAUCCUGGGGGAAGACAAGCAUCUGAUGUAGUGCUCUUAAACCACUGGAGCAUUCGAAAUUAUGAUGUACAGCGUGGGGACAUUGUGUCACUGGUGUCUCCUAGAAACCCUGAACAGAAGAUCAUUAAACGAGUGAUUGCUCUUGAAGGAGACAUUAUAAAAACCAUUGGAUACAAAAAGAAGUAUGUAAAAGUUCCACAUGGGCAUAUUUGGGUGGAAGGUGAUCAUCAUGGACACAGCUUUGACAGCAAUGCUUUUGGCCCGGUGUCUCUUGGACUUUUACAUGCUCGAGCUACUCAUAUCCUCUGGCCUCCACAACGCUGGCAGAAGUUACAGCCAGUGCUUCCUCCAGAGCGCAAACCACUCCAGAGAGAGCAAGAGUGAUCUGAAUAUUCUGACAGAAAAACAUUUAUGUUUAACCAGGAAGAGUUGCAGUGGUUAUACCAUGUCCUGUAAGAGAUUUUGCCAAGAGUUUUUUAACAUUAGGUACGCUAUCAGCAAAUACAUGUGACAUCUUCAUGUUAAAAUGCCACUGUAAGUGUAAAGUUUUUUUGGGGGUUGGUGGGUUUUUUUGUUUGCUUUGUGUUUUUGGUGCAUUUUAUGUUAUUUUACUUUGAAACAAUUGGUUGUAGAAUGUUUGAAUGUUCAAGUUUUCUGGGAGCAGUAAAAUGCUUUGAUUUACUAUGUCUGUACUCAUGCUUGUCUGGAUAAGAAAUUAUUAAAAAAUUAUUAACACCUUCAAGAAAAUAUCUUUUACAUUCAUCUUGUUUCUUUAGUAACUGAAUAGAACCUUUAGUGUCAUAAUUGAUUGCAUAUGGAAAAAAACCAACCCAAAUACAUAAUCAUCUUUUGGAUUCUCCUAUAAUUUCUAAUACUGAAGAAUCAGUACUUCUCUAGCUGAAAAGUUAAUCAUAUGUUUUGUUUGUUUUUUUGGGGUUUUCUUUUCCCCAAAAAGCUAAUGAGAUUUUUUUUUUUCUUUUAGUGCAGUUUGUGUUUAGUAUUAAGCUGAAUAGGUAUUACUUCUUUUCAAUUUCUCUUCCAGGAGUGUUUUACAUAGUCAUUCUUUGUAUAUCUUGCAGAAGUAUGUUUCAGUCAAAAUAUACAAAU